UUCUCUCUCCAUUCAUUUUUAAUGGGCAUGGCAACCCUGUGCAACAACCGGUAAAAUGUCACCUAAUUCCACGGUAAAUAAACAGUCCAUUCAUUCAUUUGUUUACGCAAAUAAAUUUUGAGUCGGUAGCGCUGCUCGCCAGCUUGCCUCGAAAUGUUUAAAAAUGCAUUCAUUCUAAUAAUUGUUGCUUCGUUUGGAUGCUUCCUAUACGGUAUACGUCAUAUAUAUUUGGAAGUCGAAGAUAAUGCAUGCCGGAUGACUUAUAUGUUUGGCGUGCCACAAUUUUCGCAAGUAGAAUUUGAAGAUAAUAAACUAUAUCCCCACUAUGGUCUCUACUACUACUACGAGGGAAAAAUUCUCCAAAAUGUAAACAAUUUAAAACUUACAGGAGCUCCAGUAAUAUUUAUACCCGGAAAUGCGGGUUCCUAUAAACAAGUUCGGUCCUUGGCUUCUGUGGCGCUGCGCAAAGGCAUGGAUAAUGAGCGUGGCAUACAUUUAGAUUAUUUCACAGUUAAUUUUGAGGAGCAACUCUCCGCUCUUUAUGGUGGUUAUUUGGAAAACCAAAAGAAGUUUCUUCACUAUGCAAUCUUGGCAGUAAGGCGGUUGUAUGCAAAGAAAUAUAAUGUUGAUAAAUCCGUGAUCUUGAUAGGUCAUUCCAUGGGUGGCAAGGUAGCUGAAUCUGCUUUGCAGGAUCCGGAAAUUUCAAAAUACAUCAACACCGUUUUAUACAUUUCAACGCCCAUAGACAAGCCAGUGGUGUAUUUCGAUUCAAAACUGGAUAAAUUUUAUGCAACAAGCACAAAUUAUUUGUACAACAAACAUGCCUCACACAUACCGAAUAGGGAGACCAAUGUUUGUACAAAUUUCCAAGAUAAAAUACCCCAUAGAACGAAUGAGUCAAUGAUCUUGGAUAAUGUUCUUAUGAUUUCUAUGGGUGGAGGCAAUAGAGAUCUAUUGGUGCGUGAUGGCUUAACAAUAUCGCAAUUUAGUGACAUACAUGCUAUGACCUCUUCAAUUCCCAAUGUAUGGUUGAGCUGUGACCAUUUGUCAAUUGUAUGGUGUUUGCAAUUGGUAACGGUUAUAAAUCGCUUCCUCUUUGGCAUAACUGUGAUUGAUGACUACCGCAAUGUCUACUUCUCGAAUGAUAAGUUAUACCGCACCAGAGCAGCCAUCAAUUAUUUUGUGAAACCCUUAAACAAGCGCAAACCCAGUGAGAUAGAAUUUACAAAAUCAACUGGUGAUUCCAUUUGGCAGGAGGAUUCCAAAAUUGCUUUUCGCAAAUCUUUCAAAUAUGGCUUGCGUACUGAGUAUAAUCAUAUGAUGCCAGUUUCAAAAUAUAAAGACUUUAAGAAAGUUUACAUAGAAAUUGAUAGUUUUGAAGAUUUUGAAGAUGAUUGGAUAUAUGGCUGUGCUGCAGUUGCUAAUGCUGUUAAUGGAGGCAUCACAUGCGAACAAGGUCUACCGAUUUCUCAUUACGUACAAAACAUACCCUCAAAUGACAGAUAUCGUAGCAUAGCUCUGCUUGAUUUCCAGCAUCUUAUAAAUUAUUAUCCCGAUUGGUCACAUGUGCUUGUUAGACUUAAAACUACCAGCAAAGCGACUUCUUUAAAAAUAGAUGCCUACCGAAAAGAUGAAAGAAGAUAUCAAGUCAAAUCUCCUCGACUAUUUUCAUUUAAGCCCAAGGUUCUAGUCAAUGAAACAACGCUGGGCACCAUACAUAAUGAAAUUCUUAUUGAAGGCUUGGAAGAACCCUUUCCCACUCUGCAGUUCAAGGUUGAACCUCUAGCUUGUGCAAAUGAUGACUAUGAAGUUAAUGCUAAAAUAUGUGUGCCUUGGGCACGAGGCUACGAUCGCCAUGUCCAUAGAAAGCAUGAUUCCAAAGACAAACAUAUUUAUGUAAAUGCACCGUUUUCUGCACCCUCGGGAUACAAUACUACAGAGAAUCCGAUUACAUUAGAGUUGUAUCUAAAUCCUGCUUGCCGUUACAGAAUAAGUUAUGAACUCUCUGUGGCUGGAACUUCAUCGAAGAUAGUGCAAGAAUUUUAUCAUUGGCUACCAGCGCAUUUAACAGCUGUUCUCUUUUGGGUGCUGCGAAAUCAAAUAGUGAAGUUUCAAAACUCCGAAAAGACCAUAUUUAUUAAACCCUAUGCUGGAUUUUUCCAAUGUAAAUCCCUAUAUAUAGUCACAGCUUGCCGUCUAUUGAAGAAAAUGUUAAUGCCUAUGAAGUUCCUGCCUAUCACUACUGAUGCUACCAAUUAUAGUUUUUAUGUGUCUAUAAUAAUACAUGGCACUGCUAUUGUGUUGUCGAUUAUAGCAGUUUUUGCCAUUUGGACUGUUUUAACUUUCCAUGGAAAUAUCCUUUACAAAAUAGCACUCAAGAUGACACGAAUAUCAUCUGCUUCAUCCGAAGUUUUAUUGAAAAUAAUGAGCACUUUACCACUGUCAUUUGGAGCCCUUUUCAUAUCAAUUUCUAUGGCCACAUGUAGUGGCAUUGGACUUUUAUUGGCCACAAUAUUUUAUUUCCUUAUGAUUUCAAAUGCCUACAAAGAUUAUCUGGAGGAUUGGGCCAAGGAUAAGGCAAAGGGAAUUUUCAAGACAAUAAGCAAAAAAUUUAAGGAAAGAAAUAAGAAAAAGUCUGAUGAAACUGCACUUGUGCCCAGCAAUGCUGAGGUUUCUACAAACAAUGAAGACAACGAAGAAGACAAUCAAGAAGAAAAUGACAACGAAAAUGAAGUUCAAAAUGCCGAAUCCGUUGAAUAUUUUGAAGGUCUCGAAAACUUUGCCUUUCACAUUGCCAUGUUGUUGUUGCUGGGCAUAAUGGCUAUGCUGAACUUUGGCCUGGGUAUAGCCUGGAUAAAAUCGCAUUAUCAUGGUCAUCAUCUUAAUGAACAUCUUCCGGAUCCUAGCUUAUGGCCAUCUAUUAUAACUUUAUCCAGUCUCAGUUUGUUGCUUCAAGCUGGAGCUCCUCAUAAAUCUUCCGGUUACAACUACGUUGCCAUUGUAUUGUAUAUGUGCUUUUGUUGUUGCAUUUUGUAUUGUCAGGAGCACAUAUACCGUUUGAAUUAUCUAAUAGCCGCUGUCUACCUUAGUGUGGCUUUACAGGAAGUAUUACAUUACAUACAAAGACGCAGAUCACAUUGAGUUUAAGAGUCGAAAAGUAUUUAUUUAUGCCAAUUACAUUGUUUUUAGUUUUAAUAUUUAAUAAAUAUUUAAUUUUUUGUUACACUA